AUGGCGCCGUCCCUCCACCCACUCGUCGACAACGGCAUCAGCAAGGGCGACCCUUCCUUCGCCGGCGGCAAGCUGCGCUGCCUCUGCGCGACCGACCCGGUGGAGGUGACGCUGAGCAGCAACGUGGUGCACAACCACCUGUGCGGGUGCUCCAAGUGCUGGAAGCCGGCGGGCGCGCUCUUCUCGCUCGUGGGCGUCGUGCCGCGGGACCGGCUCGCGGUGACGGCGCGGCGCGACAAGCUGGCCGUCGUGGACGAGACGGCCGUCAUCCAGCGCUGGGCCUGCCGGGAGUGCGGCGCCCACCUGUACGGCCGCAUCGAGAGGGAGCACCCCUUCCACGGGCUCGACUUCGUGCACGUCGAGUUGUCCGACGCGAAGGGGUGGCAGGAGCCGCAGUUUGCGGCCUUCGUGUCGUCCAUUAUCGAGCAGGGGUUCGAUCCCAAAGGCAUGGACGAGGUGCGGAGCAAGCUCAGGAGUCUGGGGCUGGAACCGUAUGACUCGCUUUCGCCGCCGCUGAUGGACGCCAUCGCGACAUGGACGGCGAAGAAGGCUGGGAAGCUGCCGGCAUGA